AUGGUAGACAAGUUUACUAGGGAGCGUUCAAGAAUUCAAUUUGCUCGGGUUCUUGUGGAAAUGGAGAUAAAUAAUAAUCCUCCUAGAAGUCUUCAGUUUAUCAAUGAGUAUGGCCAGAUUAUGGAACAGGGAGUAGAAUAUGAAUGGUUACCUACUAAAUGUAAGGUGUGCUCUGGGUUUGGGCAAUCUAUGGUGGACUGUCGUAAGGAGCACAAAACCCAGUGGGUGAAAAAAGAAGUUGUGGCUAAAACAGAGGCAACAGAAGAGAAGAAUAAAGAUUCUAAGGAGCUUAAUGAAGAGACACCUGAAGUUUUAUCUAGAGCUACUACUGCAGAGGAUAGUUCGAUUCAGAAUUCUAAGGAGUUACAGCUUCUAGUUUUGGCUAAGUCUGAUCAUUUGAAGGAAACAAAUAAGGGUGAGCAAUGGCAAACACCAAGACAUGUGGCAACACAGGCUAGGCAGGGACUAACAACUGGUAGUAGUACUCCUCCUCCUGGUCAAGUUCAAAAACAGUCAAAUAAGUUUUUAGUGCUUCAAGAACAGAAGAAGGUUGGCAAAGAAGUCUUAGAUAUAUGUAGUAGGAAUAAAAUUGGAGUUGGAGGUUUGUUAGAAACUAAAAUGAGGGGGAAUAAAAUUGUUGAGUUCAUGGAGCAUAAACUUCCUAAUUGGGAGUUUUACUCUAGUCCGACUAUUGAGGGUAGACUUUUGAUAGUGUGGAGGAGAAUCUUUGUGAGAAUGACUAUUUUGGAAGAAUCACAUCAGUUUGUUCAUUGUAUGGUCAAAAUGGCUGGUCAGAGGGAAAUUUUCUAUGUUACUUUUGUCUAUGGGUAUAAUAUGAUGGAGGGAAGGAGGAGUUUAUGGCAAGGUCUUAACAGGAUUUCUCUUUCUGUUAGAGCUUGGAUUGUGUUAGGGGACUUCAAUGCCCCUUUCUCUAGUUUAGACAGAUCAGGAGGAAAACCAGUUUCUGGUUUAGAGUUGGAAGAUCCUCUUCGUUGGCUAGCUGAUACUCAAGUUGAGGCUCUUAAAAGCAUUGGUUCCUAUUUUACUUGGACAAACAACCAAGAAGGUUCAGCUAGGAUUUACUCUAAGAUUGACCAUGUUUUCAUGAAUGAGGAGUGGCUUGAUCUAUUUCCUCAUUCAUUGGUUGUAUUUAGAUGGGAGGUAGUCUCAGAUCAUUGCUCUUGUGUUGUCACUAACAUGCCUAUGGAGAAGAUGGGAAUCAAGCUGUUUAGAUUUUAUAAUUUUUGGACUGCCCAUCCGGAUUUCAAAGAAGUAGUUAUGAGUAGUUCGAGGACCCCUAUUAAGACUAUUGGGUUGAGAGCAAUAUACUUAAAGACUAUGAGGCUGAAGCAUAGGCUAAAUAAAUUCAAUAGAGAUGCUAUUGGAGAUAUAGGUCUGAACUACUAUUCGGCUAAGGAGGCUUAUCAGGAAGCUCAACUUCAAGCUUAA